GCCUCUGACCCGCGUGCCAUUUCAUCUCUCUCGUCUCUGCAAUGGGAGGGCACAAGAUCGCCGCUUCGUCCUCCUCCGGCCGGUCGUUCUGCUCGGGGUUCUGGUCCUCCGCACUCCGGAGGAAAACCCUAGCGCCCCAGUCCGACGCCGCCGUGCAUGGCGAGGUCCUCGUCCGUGGCCUCGGUCUCUUCGAGCUCAUCCUCCUCGGGAUCGGCGCCUCCAUCGGUGCCGGUAUCUUCGUCGUCACCGGGACGGUCGCUCACGAUGCCGGGCCGGGUGUUACAAUUAGUUUUGUUCUUGCUGGAGCUGCAUGUGUACUCAAUGCCCUGUGCUAUGCGGAGCUAUCAUCACGAUUUCCUGCUGUGGUUGGUGGAGCAUACAUGUACACAUAUGCUGCAUUUAAUGAGCUCACAGCCUUUCUUGUUUUCACACAACUAAUGCUGGACUACCACAUUGGUGCGGCGAGCAUUGCCCGCAGCUUAGCGAGCUAUGUCAUAUCCUUUUUGGAAAUCUUUUCUGUCUUUAAGGGGCAUAUCCCUAGCUGGAUUGGAGGUGGCAAAGAGAUUUUUGGAGGAGUUGUCUCUAUUAACAUAUUGGCUCCAAUUCUUCUCAUUAUCUUAACGAUGAUUCUUUGCUAUGGUGUUAGAGAAUCAUCAGUAGCGAACUCUAUUAUGACAGUAACAAAGGUUCUUAUUGUCAUAGUUGUCAUUUUUACUGGCGCAUUUGAGGUGGACGUAUCGAACUGGUCACCAUUUGCUCCAAAUGGUUUUAAAGCUAUUGUCACUGGAGCAACUGUAGUAUUUUUUGCUUAUGUUGGAUUUGAUGCAAUUGCUAAUUCUGCUGAGGAAUCCAAAAGACCACAGAGAGACUUGCCAAUUAGCAUUCUGGGGAGCCUUCUUGUAUGUGCAACACUGUAUGUUGCUGUUUGCUUGGUAAUAACUGGAAUGGUGCCAUACAAGUUUCUUGGCGAAGAUGCUCCUCUUGCUCAAGCUUUUACUGCUAAGGGUUUGAAAUUUGUUUCUAUUUUAAUUAGCAUAGGCGCUAUUGCUGGCCUUACUACUACCCUUCUUGUUGGUUUGUAUGUUCAGUCUCGCUUGUACCUUGGGCUUGGAAGGGAUGGCUUAUUACCUUCAAUUUUUGCUAAGGUGCAUCCAACACGGCAUACUCCCAUCCACUCUCAGGUCUGGGUUGGUUGUGUUGCUGGUAUCAUGGCAGGUCUCUUUAAUGUGAAUGAACUCUCACACAUUCUUUCAGUUGGUACACUGACUGGCUAUUCUGUUGUUUCAGCCUGUGUGAUAACCCUCCGUUGGAAGGAUAAAGUGGGAAGCCAAGGUUAUAGAAGGUGCAUUUCAAGCUGGCAUGAAGGCAUUAUCAGUAUUGUUGUGGUUGCCUGCUGUGGUUUUGGAUCUGGGCUCUGCUACCGCUUUGGCGCCUCAUUUAUCUUUUUGAUAGUUGCUAUAGUGAUAGCAAUCCUUGCUGCAGCUGCGCUUCAUUGUCGACAAGGUUAUUCAGAUCCACCUGGCUUCUCAUGUCCAGGGGUUCCCAUCAUCCCAAUUGCUUCCGUUUUUUUCAAUAUCUUCUUGUUUGCGCAGCUACAUGAAGAAGCAUGGCUUAGAUUUAUCAUCGUCAGCUUCAUCUCGGUUGGAAUUUAUGCCAUUUAUGGUCAGUAUAAUGCAAAGUUGGUGAGUUCAGAGGACUCCAUAAUCUACCAUGGGAUUCCUACAGAGGCAUCCUAGUUCAGGCGUUUUGUGAGAUCACUGAAACAUCCCAUGACUUAAUCACGUCAGUUGGUGUUGGGGACGUUGGGUCCUCACUUGUCAAAUCAACCAAUCCAGGAAGUUUUGGUAUCGUGCCAUUGUUCGAUAAAGCUCAGCCAACUUCUUCCGCAUUAUAUAUGUUUGUGGUAUAUUAUCUCUGUAUGAUAAAAGAAAUCAACAUAAUUUUUUUGGCCUUUAAUCUGUUGUGGGGCCCUUAUCUGCAAUCAUAUACUCGGAUGUAUAAAAAUUUGACAUAAAGAUCUUAAAUACAAGCAUCUAACUGGUUGAGUGUUUGUUUGUCCAA